CCCCGGGGAACACCGCACCCCAGAGACUCUUCACUUCACUUGGAAACAGUCCCAGGACUCGGACCACGAAGACAGCCGAAGACACUCGCCAAGAGCCGAGUACGCCCGGAGACGUUCCGGACUGGCCGGAAGCGGAACCGAGCCGAGCCGGAAGGCGCUGAGCCCACCUGAAGGUUGCUGAGCACCGACCGGCAGGCGUAGAGCCCAGCACAGUCCACGUCAUGGCGGCGGACCGGACAGGUGUAGCCGGAGGAGGGACUGUCGGCGGCUGUUUGACCAAGGACAGUUUACAGGAUGCUAAGUGCCCGGCGGCAGUCCCCAAUCGGCGGCGCGCUUCCUCGCUGUCUCGUGACGCGCAGCGCCGAGCCUAUCAGUGGUGCCGAGAGUACCUGGGCGGGGCCUGGCGCCGAGCCCGGCCGGAGGAGCUGAGCGUUUGCCCCGUGAGGUCAGAGGUCAACCUCGGGGUCCUCAAGACACUCCCUAUUUCGAUGCUCGGAGGCCUUAGCAACCUGCUCUUCCGAUGCUCGCUACCGAACCACCUGCCCAGUGUGGGCGAGGAGCCCCGCGAGGUGCUGCUACGUCUGUAUGGGGCCAUCCUGCAGGGUGUAGACUCCUUGGUAUUAGAGAGUGUGAUGUUCGCCAUUCUUGCAGAGAGAGCAUUAGGGCCCCAACUCUAUGGAGUGUUUCCAGAGGGCCGCCUGGAACAGUACCUCCCAAGCCGGCCAUUGAAAACUCAAGAGCUGCGGGACCCAGUGUUGUCAGGAGCCAUUGCCACAAAGAUGGCCCGUUUCCACGGUAUGGAGAUGCCCUUCACUAAGGAGCCCCACUGGUUGUUUGGGACCAUGGAGCGGUACCUAAAGCAGAUCCAGGACCUGCCUUCCACUGACCUCCCCCAGAUGAACCUGCUGGAGAUGUACAACCUGAAGGAUGAGAUGGGCAACCUCAGGAAGUUGCUAGAUGCUACUCCGUCACCAGUGGUCUUCUGCCACAAUGACAUCCAGGAAGGGAACAUCUUACUGCUCUCAGAGCCAAAAAGCGACGACAGCCUCAUGUUGGUUGAUUUUGAGUACAGUAGCUACAACUACAGGGGCUUUGACAUUGGGAAUCACUUUUGUGAGUGGGUUUAUGAUUACACCUUUGAGGAAUGGCCUUUCUACAAAGCAAGUCCCACAGACUACCCCACUAGAGGACAGCAGCUCCAUUUUAUUCGACAUUAUCUGGCAGAGGUUCAGAAAGGUCAGAUCCUCCCUGAAGAGGAGCAGAAGAAACUGGAAGAAGAGUUGCUGAUGGAAGUCAGUUGGUAUGCUCUGGCAUCUCAUUUUUUCUGGGGUCUGUGGUCCAUCCUCCAGGCAUCCAUGUCCACCAUAGAGUUUGGCUACUUGGAGUAUGCCCAGUCUCGGUUCCAGUUCUACUUCAAGCAGAAGGGGCAGCUGACUGGUUUCCACUCUUCACCUUGACAAUCCAACUCCACCUCAGAUUUCUCCUGGCGCCUCCAGGGCAGGACCUUGGAGGGAGGGGCAAAGAGCAGGAGACCCCAGAGACUGGGCUGUGCCUCUUAAGUGAAACUGUUGUGGCAAAGCUGACCCCUGUCCCCCUGUUUUGAGUAGUUGCCCAAGGUGGGCAUCUGGGAACCCCUGGGGUUUCGUACCUAAAUAAAUGAACUUCGUCAGAAAUACAAACUGAGG